AUGUUACCAAAUUUAACGGAAUUUUCUUUAACUAGUGAUUCACUUACAAAUCAUUAUGACGACCAAAUUCAACCACUUCUUCGUCGCAUGCCAAAUUUGAAAGAUCUUACUUUACGUCUUUUUAUGAAACGAGAGAGAUUCAGUGAUGGUAUUCAUCUUGAUAAACAAGUUCUUAUUCAUAUGCCAAAACUAAGCUCAUUUAAAUUUCAUAUUUGUGCAACAAUUUCCACUUCUAAUACAAACCAAUUGUUAUCAGAUACUGAUAUUCAAAUGACAUUUAUUGAUUGGAAAUAUUCUUCAGUUAAUUGUUGUGUAUAUUAUUUAUCAAAUCAACUUGGUGUUGCUCAUAUUUAUACUACAAUAGUCAAAAAUGACACGUAUUACGUGUGUUGCUAA